AUGGAGCUAAUUGGUAUACUAAGUAGAGAUCAGAUUGAUGUUCUCUCUACUGAAUACUUAGUGUUACUCACUCUCAGUGUCAUUGGGAGUUUUUCUGUCCUGGUGGUUUCCAUGGUGAGAUGGAGGCGCCUAAAAGAACAGGUGCACCUCCUGGUGCAGCUCGCCCUGGCAGACCUCCUGGCGGCUCUGAUCCUGAUGUCCACCAGUGUCAUGAACAAAGUGAGCGCUGACAACAGUGGAGCCAUCUGCCAAUACAGCCUGCCGCUGUCACUGACAUUUUAUUUCAUAUCAUUUCUGCUUGUGGUGGUUUACGCAUGGAAGUCAAAGAACGCAAUCCAGGGGUGGAGAGCAAGACCCACAGAGGAGGAGGGGGUGCAGAGUCGGUGUAGAAGGAAAAUAGUCGCUAUACGUUUAUAUGCCAUUGUUUGGUUGAUCCCCAUCACAAUGUACUUAGCAUAUGUGUUCACUCCCUUCAUAAGAUCUACCUUGCUGAUUCCAGUCACUGACAGAUCAUUGAUCGCCUGUAAUGACACCAAAUACUACACCAGUUGUAUUUUGUUCCUGCAUGUCUGGAGGGAUUCCUGUUCUGAUGAUGAAAGAAUUCAUGACACUUUCAUCCGAGGUUUUCUUAUCGUCAUUGUGAUAGCAGUGAUAUUGUCUUGCUCUGUCAUUUACUAUAAGGUAGUUAAAUGGUAUGAAGGACAUGAGCAGGAAGGCCUAUUUCCUGUGGAAGGAGAUGGACGUUCAAGAAGGAGAUUCAAAAGAGUGUUUUCUAUAGCAAGAAAUAUGGUGAUCGUCAUCUUAUUCUGCUGGGCACCAGCUCUUUUGCUCAUUUUACUGUCUACCCUGACGAGCUGGACAAACAUUGAACGACACAGUCUCUUUGGUAUUUAUAUGAUACAGGCUGCGAGUGUCUCCCUGCAAGGCUUUCUGAACAGUGUGGUUUACGCUUGGGGACGGCCUAAUUUCACGGAUGCUGUUCUUGGGGAGAAUACACCCCUGGUGGCCCACCAACGCCUGGCCUUCUUUGAAGAAUCACUAGUAGCUCGUGUUGAUUGUUGA